AUGACACGCUCGAAUUACUACAAUGCACUAUACGUGACGCGUGACGCUGCGAAAAAAUAUGCGGAGAGGUACAAAACAAUAUGUGCACUCAAUGAUUGCAAUCUAGAUGACAGCCUUCUCGACUCGCUGAUCCUGGACGUCACAAAACAAAACGCUUCCUACACUACGCCUAUAUACCGUACAGUAGACGUGCUGCAGAACAAAAUGGCGACCUGGAAAUCAGAAAGGGGUACACGACGGGGGCCAAAUGAGAAUCUCGUCGCUCCAGAGGCCAUAAAGGGGGUCGUU